UCAGCAGCGCUCUUCAACCUCAGGUGCGGCGGCGUACUCCAGCAGCUUCCAGCCGAUUCUCGGUCAUUCCCGGCGGGCAGAGAGAAGCGGAGCGGAGCGGACUGGACUAUGUCGGCGACUCCCGGACAGAUGAUGAUGGCCUGGGUUUGGGUCUGUUUGGUGACUUUAGCCCGGCUCAACACGGCGGAGGACCCGCAUCGGGACGUGGACGAAGGUUUGGCCGCCCUGCAGGCACUAUUCUCGGCUUCUGAGCCGCCGGUGGAGAGCGGGAGCGGCGGAGGAUUCUUCCCGGUGCCGGUGUGGAAGUUUGUGAAAGAACCUGGUGAUGGCACAGAACCAUCAGAUUUCGGUCGGCCACAGUUUCGCUGCAGCGACCAAUUGCUGUCUGUUCGCUUCUCACUCAUCCGACACUCUGACCUGCGUCUGCAAGAUGGAAGGAGGUUGUUGUCGUUGCCAGACCGGUGUCAUGGUUCUGUGCGAACCUUUGGACCAUGGUUGCUGCUGAAGCUUCCUUACACCAGCUGCCACAUGUCAUUAUGGGUUUCUAAUGGGACGUGGUUUCACCAGUUGAAACUACAUUACUUUGACCACCUGCUGCAGGCGAAGGUGACCGGUGUGGCUUCCUGCGAGAACCCAGCGACAUUGCUGCAUCUGGAGCCGCCGCUGGUGACCUGCAGAAUGGCCGACGUCAUGGUGAAACUGCCUCCAGGAUCCAGACUGAUGAGGGUAAAAGCUCUGGGUAAAGAUGGCGUGGUUGGGAGGGCGCUAACAGCAAAGACCUCCAGUGCAGUGUUGGUGCAGAUACCAGGACCAGUGGACAUGGAUUCCAUCUUUGAGAUAAUUUAUGUUGACUCAGUUGGGGAAUUGUCCACGAUGCUUGCGGCUUGUCUCAAGGCAAAGACACGGAGUGGGCAGGUUCCUCACCCACGAGCUCGGGAAGAACCCGACCUGUGGGAGCUCUGGGACUUUGAGGAGAUUCCUCUGGAACCGUACGCUCCAGGACCGACAGAGACGCUGGCCACGACUGAGUCAACGGAAGCGACUGAGUCAACAGAGGCGACGGAUCCUCCAACAACCAGUAACGACAGUAUCACCACCAGUAACAUGGGUGACCUAUGCUGAUGCAGACAUCUUUGAGUUGUGGGGAUUCGGUGAAAUUCCCAGUGGGCCAUAUACUGGUGACACAAUUGCAACAACUACUCUGACCACGCCAACCACCUCAUCCACUACUGCCUCAGCAACCAGCAUUGAUGUGACCACUCUGAGUGCCACCACAACUACCAGCGGCAUCACCAGUAGGGCUUAUUACUGUACCAGUGUCUGGGUUCAGAUGGCUGCUGCUCUUUAAGCGCAACCACGACCACUGAGGCCCCAACUACAACCAUCACCACGACGACCACUGAGGCCCCAACUACCACGACGACCACUGAGGCCCCAACUACAACCAUCACCACGACGACCACUGAGGCCCCAACUA